AUGUCUCAAGCUGUGCAGACAAAUGGGACACAACCUUUAAGCAAAACAUGGGAGCUCAGUUUGUAUGAAUUGCAAAGAACGCCUCAGGAAGCAAUCACCGAUGGCUUGGAAAUAGUGGUGUCACCCAGGAGCCUGCACAGUGAACUGAUGUGUCCCAUCUGUUUGGAUAUGUUAAAAAACACCAUGACAACAAAAGAAUGUUUGCAUCGCUUCUGUGCUGACUGUAUCAUUACAGCCCUCAGGAGUGGCAACAAAGAAUGUCCCACGUGUCGUAAAAAGCUAGUCUCAAAAAGAUCACUGAGACCAGAUCCCAAUUUUGAUGCUCUCAUCAGUAAAAUUUAUCCAAGCCGAGAUGAAUAUGAAGCUCAUCAGGAGAGAGUGCUAGCAAGAAUCAGCAAGCACAAUAACCAGCAAGCUUUAAGUCACAGCAUUGAGGAAGGAUUAAAGAUUCAGGCUAUGAACAGGCUACAGAGGGGCAAGAAACAACAGAUCGAGAAUGGCAGUGGAGCAGAAGAUAAUGGUGACAGUUCACACUGUAGCAAUGCCUCAACACACAGCAAUCAGGAAGCGGGGCCUAGUAAUAAGAGGACCAAAACAUCGGAUGAUUCUGGGCUAGAACUGGACAAUAACAACACAACUGUGGCAAUAGACCCUGUAAUGGAUGGUGCUAGUGAAAUUGAAUUAGUCUUCAGGCCUCAUCCGACCCUCAUGGAGAACGAUGACAGUGCGCAGACAAGAUACAUCAAGACCUCAGGCAAUGCCACUGUUGAUCACUUGUCCAAGUACCUAGCUGUGAGAUUGGCUUUGGAGGAGCUUCGUAGCAAAGGAGAAUCAAACCAGAUGAACCUUGACACGGCCAGUGAGAAGCAGUAUACCAUUUACAUUGCUACUGCCAACGGGCAGUUCACUGUAUUAAAUGGGUCAUUUUCCUUGGAACUGGUCAGUGAGAAGUACUGGAAAGUGAACAAACCCAUGGAACUGUACUAUGCGCCAACAAAGGAACAUAAAUGAGCUAUGCUGGAAAACUGAGAUGGGACUAGACUAACUCUUUUUAUAGCUAUGACUUCUUUAAUAUUAAAAGAAGGCACCACCAUUAUCUUCAUGGACAAUACACGUGAUGCCUUCAGGCUCUCUCAGUAUACUUAUUAACAUGAUUAGACAGUAUUCUGGGUUGUAUUUAAUUUAGUCUUUGCUUUGGGUUUUUGGCUUUUCCCUAGGAGACUAAAUGAUCUUCUCCAGUGCAUUCCAGUCAGUGUUUGACAUGC